AUGAACAAAAUGCUCACUGGCGGGGAUCUGGCCUCGGGAAGGCCUGGCGGUGAGAGCCGGGAGGGGGCUGCAUUGGUGGCACCGGAGCUGCGAUUGGACUGCCUGGGGACAGGGACCAAGGGCGCCCUCAGCUCUCCAACACAGACCUCCCGUCCCGAGUGGGUGCGCGGAGCCAUAGAGGGAGCAGAUCUGGCGGGGAAGAUCCUGUCCACCUGGCUGACUCUGGUGCUCAGCCUCAUCCUGCUGCCCUCAGCAUUCGGAGUAUCCCUGGGCAUCUUGGAACUUUACAUGAAGAUCCUAGUGAAAACUUUAGAGUGGGCCACAAUACGAAUUGAAAAAGGAACCCCAAAAGAAUCGGUGCUUAAAAAUUCAGCUUCUGUUGGUAUUAUCCAAAGAGAUGAGUCACCCAUGGAGAAAGGACUCUCUGGCCUGCGAGGAAGGGACUUUGAGCUCUCCGAUGUGUUUUAUUUUUCCAAAAAGGGGUUUGAAGCCAUAGUAGAAGAUGAAGUGACCCAGAGGUUCUCCUCAGAGGAGCUAGUGUCAUGGAAUCUCCUCACAAGAACCAAUGUCAACUUCUAGUACAUCAGUCCAAGGCUCACUCCGGUGUGGGUGCUGGGCGUCCUAGUACAAUAUUGUAUUCUCCUUCCUCUGCGGGUUACUCUCGCUUUCAUUGGAAUCAGUUUGCUGGUUAUCAGAAAGACACUGGUUGGUCAGCUGCCAGACAGCAGCGCCAAAAACUGGCUGAGUGAACUGGUGCAUCUGACUUGCUGCCGCAUCUGUGUUCGCUCCCUCUUGGGCACCAUUCACUACCAUAACAAGCAGCACAGACCCCAGAAAGGAGGCAUCUGCGUGGCCAACCACACUUCUCUCGAUGUUUUGAUCUUAGCAACAGAUGGAUGUUAUGCCAUGGUUGGCCAGGUUCAUGGUGGGUUGAUGGGAAUUAUUCAGAGAGCGAUGGUCAAAGCCUGUCCACAUGUCUGGUUUGAGUGCUCAGAAAUGAAGGAUCGACACCUAGUUACUAAGAGAUUAAAAGAACAUGUUGCUGAUAAAAAGAAGUUACCCAUAUUAAUCUUUCCUGAAGGAACCUGUAUCAAUAAUACUUCUGUCAUGAUGUUCAAAAAGGGAAGCUUUGAAAUUGGGGGAACCAUCUACCCAGUUGCAAUGAUGUAUAACCCUCAGUUUGGAGAUGCCUUUUGGAACAGUAGCAAAUACAACAUGGUGAGCUACUUGCUUCGUAUAAUGACCAGCUGGGCCAUCGUCUGUGAUGUGUGGUACAUGCCCCCCAUGACCAAAGAGAAAGGAGAAGAUGCUGUCCAAUUUGCUAACAGGGUUAAGUCUGCUAUUGCUGUGCAAGGAGGAUUGACUGAACUUCCUUGGGAUGGAGGGCUGAAGAGGGCAAAGGUGAAAGACACCUUUAAGGAAGAGCAGCAGAAGAAUUACAGCAAUAUGAUCGUGGGCAAUGGAUGUCUCAACUCAGAAUUGGACUGACAGGCCCUAUAGAUAAACCCCGCUUCCCAGAGCUGGCCCAUGGGUGUGGAGGGUAUCCUCUACCCCAGGAAUUUGCUUUAUUUUAUUGUUUAUUGUUAAUCGUUUCUACAUGAUGACUGUCUCUACCUCUUUGUGCCAGAGUCAGAACUUCCAGGUCCCCUUUUUGGCCCUUGUUGUUAGAGCACCAGCCCAAUGAAAUGCCAGGUAGUUUUCUGAGUUCAAGCUGAGUCUGCCUUCUAUGAUGGUGUCAUUUGUGGUUGAAUGAAAUAUUUACAUGGGGGAAAAAUACUUCUCCAGUGUGACUGCGACAUGUGGGUGGGCCUUUCCCUCCAUAGAGCCCAAACUCUUGUCUUCAUCAUUUUCUUUUCGUCCCCCUCCCAGCAUCUCAUAGUGGCACCCUAUGUCAGUGUGGGGUUAGCAUUAUGGUGACAUUCUGUUGGAAGGUUGGUUGAAAAG